ACAGACCGUACAUGACUGUUGCAGAAACUAAAGGUUUGAUGACAUAAAAGGCUUUAACAGUAGAGUUUUGAGAAAAAUACGGGAGAAAAUCUGUCCAGGGAGUUGUCCGGGAGAAGUGUCCAAACAACGGACGAGUCCCGGCAUAUAGGGAGAGUUGACAGCUAGUCACUAUGAAGUUUCUAUACAAAGAAGACCACCCAUUUGAAUAUAGGAAACGAGAAGGCGAAAAAAUUCGCAAAAAGUAUCCCGACAGAGUGCCAGUGAUUGUCGAAAAAGCGCCAAAAGCCAGGGUUCCGAAUCUAGAUAAAAGAAAGUACCUUGUGCCAUCGGAGCUCACAGUGGGUCAGUUCUAUUUCCUCAUUCGGAAGAGGAUUCACCUGCGUCCUGAAGAUGCUCUCUUCUUCUUCGUCAACAACACCAUCCCCCCAACUAGUGCGACCAUGGGCCUUCUGUACCAGGAAAAUCAUGAAGACGAUUUUUUCCUCUACGUAGCGUACAGUGAUGAGAGUGUGUAUGGACUGUGAGAGAGGGAGAGGGGAGAAGAGGAUGAGGGGGUGAAGACGGGAGGGAGAUGAGGGAGUAGGGGAGUGGGAGAGAAUGGGUGAGGAGAAGGAUGGGAAGAAGUAAAAAGAGAAGGGGCAGAGGAGGAAGAGAAGGUAAGAGAGGAGAGGGGAGGGACAGCAGAUAGGAUAGUAGGGAGGGAAGGUGAGAGAGGAGAUAUGGGCAAGGGUAGGUGAGGGGAAGAGGGGGAAUAGAGGAAUAACAAGGAAAGGAGUGAGGGAGAGGGAUAGUAGAGGACUGAGACAUAUCCCUUGAUGUACAGAAUGUGUGUAGAAUUGUAAAGAUAUUUAUCCCUGAAGAGAUAACUGCUUUGUUUCUGUCUGAUCUGUUGAAACAGGAUUUAUAUUCAAUUCCGUUCAGUUCCGUUGAUUUUGUGCAAUAAAUUAUGUUGAGAAUAAUGA